AAAAAAAAAAAAAAAAUGUCUAGCAUUGCCUGUGCAUUUUCAAGCAGUGGAGUGAAUGAUUGGGGCAGACUGCAAGUCUGUUUGGCAUGCUGAUAACACUUCGGUUCACUGCAGUCAAUAAACAAGAUCGUGUAAUUUCACCCAUUUAAGAAAGGGAAGAUCUCGCUUUGACACUGCCCUUUUUCCUAAUCUUCUCCGUCUUAAGAGGGGGAAGAAAGUCCACCUCCAGUUCUCCCAGGAGAUUGAGAGCCGUCAAGUUGCUGUCUCGUGAGCUUUGUUGCAGUUUAACUUCCCCAAAUCCAGGUGACUUCCAUGGGGCUGCUCAGUGCUUCAGGCAGCCAGAAGAGACCAUUCAUCUUGAUUAAAGAAUAUUUGCAGGAGCUUCUGUCAACUCAAAACUGAAACUACCCUACUAGAGAAACAUCUGUUUUCUUCUGCACAGAUUAAAUUACUUGGAAAUGCUCCUCAUUUGACUGUGGAUCUGAAAGAUGAUGGUGCAGGCCUUGUUGAUACUACUGUGUGCAACUGUGAUGGUGUUUUGGCAAGAUGCAGUCGAUGUCCUGUUACAUGAACAACACAGCUUUUGUCUGGGAGAAAAUAGAAGAGGUCACUGUUUCAGGGGAAGUUACUGAAGAAGAUGCAGACACACUGAAAAUUUCAGAAAAGUGAGCCAUGUGCCCUUCUGAAAGCUGAAAAGUAGUCCUCUGAUAGGGACAUGAACCUCAGACAAGUCUUUGUGUCUGUACUGAUGUUUGGAGUAGCUGGUCUACUCCUCUUCAUGUAUCUGCAAGCUUGGAUUGAAGAACAACAUACAGAGUCUGGAGACAAAUUGCAACAACAGAUAAUUAAUCAGGAUUUCAUGCUCCCAUCUCUGGGAAUGCCAAGGAGAGCAGCGUGGAGUGGGAGUGCUCCUCCUGGCCUCAGCAAGCACAAUGUGACAGUCUCAGGCAGCAGGAACUGGCAGGGCAAGGCUGACCCUUUCAGUGUGGUGGCUGCAUCCUUAGUGAGCAAACUGUCUGAACAUCAGAAGAUGAGGGAGUCACCUCUCAGCCAGUUCAGAGGAAUGUAUUUACCACCUGUGCUGCACCCUUUAAACAAGACGUUAGUCAAGGAUGGCAAGUGGAAGGAUGGAGACAGCACCCAGGAAAAGCGCAGGUCCUUCUUGCAUGACUUCUGUAAGAAAUACAACAGCAGAAAGAAGCUGCAAACUCACCUCAUGCACCUGGUGUCAAGAAUUUAUGUGGAGGACAGGCAUAAGGUCCUAUACUGCGAAGUUCCGAAAGCAGGCUGCUCCAAUUGGAAAAGAGUCCUCAUGGUGCUCAAUGGACUUGCCACUUCAGCACACAACAUUUCCCAUGAUGAUGUGCACUAUGGAAAGCAUCUAAGGAAACUGGACAGUUAUGACUUAAAAGGGAUAUACACACGUUUGAACACGUACACCAAGACUAUAUUUGUACGUGAUCCUAUGGAAAGACUGGUAUCUGCCUUCAGAGAUAAGUUUGAACAUCCAAAUAGCUAUUACCAUCCAGUAUUUGGAAAGGCAAUAAUUAAGAAGUAUAGACAUAAUGCAAGUGAAGAGGCAUUGAGAACAGGAUCGGGAGUUAAGUUCAAGGAGUUCAUCCAUUAUUUGUUAGAUUCCCAUCGCCCAGUAGGAAUGGACAUUCAUUGGGAGCAAGUCAGUAAGCUCUGUUAUCCCUGCCUCAUCAACUAUGAUUUUAUAGGAAAGUUUGAAACUUUGGAAGAAGAUGCCAAUUACUUUUUGCAGCUGGUAGGUGCUCCAGCCGAGCUGAAGUUUCCUAAUUUCAAAGACAGACAUUCCUCUGAUGAGAGAACAAAUGCAGAAGUAGUGAAGCAGUACUUCAAGGAAUUGUCUAAGGAGGAGAGACAGCUGACCUACGACUUCUAUUAUUUGGAUUACUUAAUGUUCAAUUAUACAUCACCGAUUGUAUAGCAUCAGAAUAGCUUCAGGCUUCUAUUAGAUAUUUAUCAUUUUGGGACUCAAAACAGCUACUUUGGUGUUAGAUCUGAAAGGAAACAAUGUUACUGCUAAGUGGAGUGGACUUAGUGGAAAUCUCUUAGUGGAAAUCUCUUAGUGGAUUUUACAAGCUAGAGUGACAUCAAUUGACAUUAAAUUAUAGGAGAAUGCACCAAAAAAAAAAA